UCCUUAUUUGACUAUAGGGUGGAAAAUGGUGGAAGGUAAAGCCAGACGGCUGCAGUAGACUGAGGAUAACCAGCAGUUUUAUCUUUGAUUCACUCUGUGUGCACUUUUAACUUUGAAGAAGAAAAACAGCAGUGAUGGCUGAUUCAGCACAAAUCAAGAAGACUGCAGCCAAAGUGUUGUGCUGUGUGGAGAAGGUUUCCUCCUUCGCCUCCUCCAUUGACCCCAUCUUUGGUGUUGUCUCUUCCCUGGUUGGAGUGGCUCGCAAGGGCCUGAUGGAUGAAGUGGAUCAUCCUCUGGAGAAGGACUUUCAAGCGAUCCACACCAAACUACAGAGCAUCUCUCAGAAGAACCAGGAAUGCCUGAAGAAGAUCCACAUUGACGAGGUGAACGAAACCUACGGCAAGUACGAGGAGUACAUCAAGCACCAGUACAAUGCCUUCAACAACAUGGUGGCACUGGUGAAGAAAGAUCCAGGCAACGCCACGCGCCACAUGGAGACCUUUGAGAAGAUUUAUGAGAGGGACAAGUCUGACAUGAGCCUGGAUGUGUAUUAUCGUGGCGUGGUGGGUACACAAACGCUAUUCGGAAAACCGCUGCUAAAAGUGUACUUUGAACACUGUGAAGGCGACCGAGAAAUCAUGGAGCGCCGCUGUUCACACAUCACCCACCUCUUCCACAUGGGCCUCAUCGCCCUCAUGGGCUACACAGCUGUUACAGAGGACGAUGAAGAUGAAGUGCGCGAGAAGUGGACUGGCAGGGUGCAGGACAUCCAAGAGAAGAUGCAGGAGGUGCUCAGCGAGUGCAAACCCCAAGUAUCCUAAGCCCCACAAGGAGAGAGGACAUCCUUUGAGUCUGGUGGUACUAACAAGGGGACCAAUCAGGACUCUCAGCUGUGGAUUAAAAAAAAUAAAUUAUGCUAUUAUAUAAAAAUAUAUGUAAGACCAAAGCCAUGUUUUCAUUUGAGCACUUGAGCUGCACUGGAUGGUUGUACUGCAGCAUCUUACUUGUUGUCUUGACAAUGUAUACUGCUUUCAGAGUUACCACUAUAAUGUUCAGCUGCUUUGUGCUGCGCCUCAAUAAAUGCUGAAAUUUUAUACAAUAAAAUGUAUGAAAUAUUA